UAACAUUGAUCAGCUGAGGCAGUUUCAAACUGAAUGGCAGUUAAAAGAACGUUGUUAUUAAGCUCUAAAUAAUUUACAGUUUCUUCCAUUAUUAUUAUGUCAACGGAUUUACAUUUAUCAAUAUAAUCAAGCUAUACGUUCAACAUAUCCUUCUAUUUUUCAUCACAUUACAUCAUCAAAGGAUUGUCCCAUCAUCACUAUCAUUGUCUCUAGACACAUAAUGAUCAUCAGACCGAUUACCAGCAGUCAGACUUAAAUGAGGUUCAGAUUUAUCAACAUCACAUGAUUGGAUUCUAAUUCUUCCUCAAACAAUGAGAAAGCUAUUAGACAACAUUACAAUUUCAACGAGAUAAAACUCAAAGUAUCCGUUAACUGGUAACAACAAAUACUGACUUCAAUACUAUUUUCUUCACGCUGAUUAUUUUUUUAUUGUGCUGCUCAUUUCCUCAUCAUCAUUCUUGGCCUGUCAUUUUUCAAUUUCAUAUCGCUACAAGUCCACUUUCGUCUAACUGAGAUGGUAAACAAGGAUAAAUUGUACAAAAAAAUGGUUAAAAUAUGAAACAAAAAGAAAUCAUAAUUUCCACAAAAGAUGUCUUGACAACAGAAGUGUGCUUUAAUUUGGCUGGUAGCUGUGACCCAAUUUAUUUCCUUAUUUGUUCUGUUAAAUACUAAUUGAAGUGGAUUCAAUAUGAUCUUUGGUUAACAUUAACAGUCAAGUUGGAUGAACUAACAUAUUUACCUUUUCCAUGUGUUUCCACCUUCUUUUUUCUCCACCUCAACUGCAAAUUAUUUUUAUUCUCAGCUCUCAUCUUCAUUCUAAACUUGAAAUCAACAAGAAAUCAUCUUCACUGCAUGGAAGCAACCCUAAAUUUCGGAUUUAAUUAAUCUAAGCUUUGCUUAACAAAUUAUGUGAUUAACUUUGAACACAUCGAUUAUUUUCUCAACUCAACAUCUUACAAGACAAUCACCAUUGAAGACAUUCAAGCAUACCGUUUAUUUGUUGAACUUUUGUUGUUAUUUAACGUUAUUCUUAUUGUUAUCAGUGUACUUAUGAUUCGUGCAAUUAAACGACACCUCAAAAAGAUUAUUUGAUAUUCAAGUUAUCUGUUACCGCACAUGUUAACCCUGAAACUUUGAACAACUGAAACUUUAUGGAAUCACCAAAAACACCAAACAAAUCUCGGUCAUCCAACAUAUUCAAUCGGGUUUACAAGUUGACCAAUGAAACCAAUAUGUUUGCCAAACUAUUGUCACCCAAAUCAUCCAAACUAUCAAGAAAUGGCCUGUCCCGUCGUAAUAAACGCAAAGAUGAUAUUGAUGACCAAAGUCAUAACCCAAUUGAAGUUAGUAAUGCCAGUAACUUAUCAUCCUGCUAUUUACCAAUUGAUUCAAAGUUAACCGAUGAGAGUCAAGUUAUCCAAACCAAUUGUCCUGUUAAGUUGGGUCAGUGUAAAAAUAAUCGCAACAGUAACCGUCAAGUGAAAAAUAACAACAAUUAUAAUAAAAACAACAAUAACAAGAAUCAGUCAAAUAAUGAAAAUGAAAAUGAAAGUCACUCUGGUCAUCAUUGUUCAUCUUCAGUGUUAAUUGGUAAACGGGAAAAUGUUCAUCAUGAACAUGAGGAUGAGGUUCACCUUAUUGAAGAUGGCAAUAGGAAAAGUGAACUUGAUUCACAGAAUGAAACUCAUCUGGUUAAUGCAAGUGAAGCAAAUGGUGUUGAAGGAAAUGAUCAACCCAAUGAUUGUUGUCCAAUUGACAGUCCCGAUAACCUGUUAACAUCAACGCUAGUCAAUCAGGUUACUUUUAAACAAUACGAAUCUCUAUUGCCGAAAAAAGCCAUGAAAAAUGAAAAUAAUGGCCCACUUAAUAAUAAUCAGCUUGAUCACCUUCAAUCUUCAAACAGUUGCAACCACAAUAGCAGCAAUUUGAAAUCACAAAACGACCAUAUGAACUUGGAGACAUCUUUAGACAAUAGGAUUCACUCUUUUGAUCAUCAUGAAACCUCUACUGGUGAUUUUAAUGAUCCAUUGAGUAUUCUUCUUUUAGAAAGGAUUCGGUUACUGGAAGAAGAAAAUUCAAACUUAAUUGCUGAAAGUGAACAACAACGUAUUCAAUAUGAAAAAUGUCUCGAUGAUGUUGCUGCCAGUGUUGUUAAUGCAUUGUUAUCACAAAAGAAUCUUCGUCAAGAAUGUGUUCAAUUGCGACGACGUGUGCGAGAAUUGGAGCAACAGAAUCAAUUGAUAACCCUUGUCCUAGAAGAGCAAUUAGUGACUUCAAGCAAUAAAAGUAAAUCGGAUGCAACAUUGAUAAAUAAUUUCAACAAUAAUCACUUGAUUAAUAUCAAAAACAAAGAUACAUUAAACAAUGUUAAGACAUGUUCAAAAGAUUCAUCGAUUGUUAACAAUCAUCAAAUAUAUUUAACAACAAACGGAUCAUCGUUUUUGCCACUUUCAUCAUUAGGCGUUGGAAAGCUUAGUUCUGAUAAAUUGGAUGACAAUGGAAUAACAAAUGGUGAUGAUGAUUCUAAUAGACCUGCCAGAAAUGAUAAUUUAAAUUAUACUGAUAGUCAAACAAACGCAAUCAUCAACAGUGAAUAUAUUUCACCAUGUUCAUAUCUUUCAUCAACUUCCUCCUCCAACUCACUUCCAACAUCAUCCUCUUCCGGACUCUCUGAAAUGGCUCGACAAUUUGAGCAAGCCUUAUCCUCCUUGUUAACUGAUUCAACUUCACCCAAAGAAAUGGCAUAUCAACCAACAAAGGCACUAUCAUCAUCAUCGUCAUCCUCAACCUCUUCACCAUCUUCCUCGUCAAACAAAUUACCCAAAGAUUCUACUGUAUUGUAUUCCAAUGAGGCCAACUUUUCAAUAAAUACCGCAAAUGAAGUUCAAUCAAUAACAUUUGUGAAACCAGUUAACACCAGAGAAACCAUUAAAACUCGGAAAUCAUCGGUUGAGCAAAUCAAGAUGAAAAUGGACCAAGAAGCUGGCUUAAAAGGAAAGGAGAAAUACGUUCUUGUUAACGAUGAAGCCGGUUAUUGUUGGCGAACCUCAUCUGAUCGAAAUGAAGUUGAUAAAGAAAUUGAUGAUGUUGAUGGUGUCUCAGGGCCUAUUAACUGUUCAAACGGGUCAUCAACCGGAUUGAGACAAUUAACCAGACCAUCAAGAGAAAGUUUUUUAACCUCCCUCAAAAUGGAAAAAGAUUCAUCUCUUUAUCCAACCUCAAGUGAUUUUCAUUCUUUAUCGGUUAAUUCCAAUGGAGCUUCCAUUCUGCCUUCAUCUUCACCAUCAAUGUUUCCAUCAUCAUUAGGUCAAGGUCAAUCUAUUUCAUCACCAACAACAACAACAACAGAAACCGUCACAUCGAAUGAACCUGAAAAGUUAUCCAGAAAAAUUAGGGAGUCUUUUGAGUCUGAUUGUUGUCGAUCAAUGAAAAGACCUCACUAUUCAUUCAAUAAUAGGAAUCACAAUGUUGAAAGUUAUAAAGAAACAAGGUCUUCGCAAUAUUCCGGAAACUGUUUGCCCAUACAGAGCAUGAGCGAGAUAAACUCGAAGCUUGGUUACCAGUCCAAUAUAAUCGAUCGAAGUGGAGAGCAAAUCAGAAGAGAUGAUUUGAUAUCAAGUAAACCAAGAACAACAAUAACAGAAACAUCAACAUCAACAGCAGUAGCAAUAAAAACAAUAUCACCUUCAACUUCAGUUUCAUUAUUUGAUGAUAAGUUAAAAUUAUCCUCAACCAAUUUAAUUGAUUUAACCAAAUUAAAGUCAUCACCAUCUAAUCAAAUUUGUUCACUUGUUAACACUUCUCAAAAGAAGUCAUCUUCUAAUAUCAAUCUGGUUCAUAAUCUUACAUCAAUCCAUUCUUCCUCUUCAUCCUCUUCCUCCUCCUCAUCCUCUCUGCCUCCUUCUUCGUCUUUAAUCCAUUCCUCUACUUCAUCGUCACUUUCAUCAGCCUUGGCUGGAUCUCCGUUAUCAUCAUCAUCAUCAUGUUCAUCGCCCAAGAAAAUAUUGUUUGACCGUAAUGCCGAUAAUGCUGAGACAUCAAACCUUGAUUCUAGUCUAUUUCAAGUUAAUGCGAGAUCAAAUCAACAAGAAAAACGGAUUCUUUUCAUUUUGGCCUCCAAUCAGCCUAAUCCUUCCUCCAUCUCAUCGUCGUUGUCAUCUUUUUCUUCCGCCUCAUCAUCCUCGUCCUCAUUUUCAAUAGAGAAAAGCAGCUGUGAUAACAAGUCGAUUAAUAAACCAAUCAAUUUGGAACUACGAGCAUUAUCGAGUUCAUCAAGUGAUUCUAAAUCAAUUCCAUCACUGGAUAAAGAUAGUCCAAUAUCAGGUGAAAUUUCAUCUGAUGCUAAUGGAGAGCUUGGCAGUAAGGAUGAAGGUUAUUCAACAAUGUCCAGUGAUGUUCAAAGUGAUGCAACCUUAUCUGGGUCAUCGUUUAUUUCAAACAAUAACGCAAACGUCACCAUCAACAGCACAAACACCAUUUUCCCUGUUAAUCCAUCAAUCACUAAACAAUCAACUGAAAGCAACUCUGGUAAAACUAUUUUGAUUGAAAAGCAAAAUUUUACCACGAGUAAACCUUUACCAUUAUCAGCUCUCGUUUCAAAGCAAUCCUGUGAAACGGUUGAAAUAAGAUCAACAAUGGGAGUAAACGGAUCGACAACGCCAAUCCCAAUGAAAUUAUCAGCUGUUAACCCGAUUGUCGUAGGAUCUUGUCGACUUACAACUUUCAAGGAUCUUCCAGAAGAUUGUUUAAUUAAAUCAACAAUAUCAACCCAAAAUACCUCAUUCACCUCUUCCAAUGAUAAUUGUAAUAAUAAUAACACUAAAAUGGAUGUUUUACGAGAAGAAGAGGAUUGUAUAGAGAAAGACAAGAAUAAAUCCACCGAAGAUUAUAAUUUGAACAGUAAUUGUUCAAAAACAGCUACAAAUGGUAACAAAUCAUCUUGGUCAGAUAAUUGUGAGACGCAUAACCUAAACAGUUCACAAUUAACAAGACAACCUUAUAUGGAUAUUAUGCGUAAGUCAAAAAAGAGUAAUCAUCCUCAUAGAUAUACAUUUCCACCUACAUCAAAAGCCGUUACAGUUGAUGGUAUUGAAUGUACACCUUGUGUUGUCAGUGACUUUAAACCUUCAUUGCGAGCUGAUUUUAAAUCCAUAGGCUUUCUGUGUAACUCAUUAACCAAAAAAUCAACACAAUCCAUUGAUUCGAAUGGUUGGCCAAAGUCAAGGUUAAUUGAUACAACUGAGAAAGUUACUGAUUUUUGUGAUAAAGAUGGAUCAAUCUAUUUGAACCAUUGCAUUGUUACAAACAAUGAUGGUGUUGAUGAUGUAAAGAUGAAUAGUGAGAAAAGUUUAAAUGCAGUUGAUACUAAUGGUGAUAAAUUUGAUGAUAAAAUUGGUCAAACAAAUAUUAAGGCUGAACCUGUUCGAAGUAGAAGAUUAACAUCAUUCAAAGGUGAAAUGAUUAAAACGGAUGACAAGGAAUCUGAUUUAGAAACAGAUGAAAAGGGUUACAAUGAAAAUGGAAUAGUAACCUUUAAAGUUGGUAAACCUGGAUUCAAAAGGAAAUCGAUAAUAGUGGCUCAUUGUAAUCAUGUUAACAAACCUGGAAGCUCAACAUCAUUGUCAUCAUCUGCUGGAUCUCAUUCACUAAGUCGAUCUUAUUCAGAUUCACAAUUGUAUUCAGACUCUAAAGAUAAAAUAGCCUCCAUUGGAAAGAAACGGGCCACUCAUGAAACCACUUCUACCUGUAAACCAUCUGUUUUAAUACGUCGACGAGUUAAACGUGAGACAAGAGCUUGUAAUCAGUCUCUUCGAUGGUCAACUUUAUCAACUUCGAGCUCGGCUUUAUCUGAUGGUUUAGAAGCUCCUAUUUGUUAUGAAAGAAGGCGAUGUCGUCCUCGACCAACUGAUUUACCUGUUAAAUAUAUUUCCAGUGAUGAAAAUCAUUCGGCUGAUGAUGAAGAUAGCCAUGAAAAAUUUGUUUCUCGAUGGCUUCGUAAUGGAACUGGUGGACUUCGAUGGGACGAUUCAGAGGUUACUUGGAAAUUAAAUGAAUCACUUGACUGGCCUGAAUCUAUGGAUUACAUUUCUUCAAAGAAAGAUGACAACUUUGAAGAGAUUCCCCUGUUGGAUGAUGAAUCAGAUAAAAUUGAAAUUGUAACCAGUGUCUUACCCUGUUCUUCAAAAGCUGAGAUAGGUGAUAAUUCAUCUGACAUGGCUUCAUCUGUUCUAGAUGAUAAUUUGGUGCCUGAAACUAAUUUCAAUGGAGAUUUUUAUCGUCUUUGCUCUGUUGGAUCUAAAACGAGUUUACCUGAAGUGCCAGGUCUUUUAUCGUCAACAUCAUUCCCAUUAACAGAUGUUAAAGAACAAGAGAGUGUCCCUGAAAAUGAUAAUUUAUCAUCUUAUUCUGUGGUUAAAGAAAGUACUGAUGAUAUUGGUUUGAAUGAAAUUAAAAUCAUUCAAAAACAAUGCCUAGAUGCUAAUCAAGAUGAUGAAGAAAUUUUAGUUAUUACGACUGAUGUUGUUGAUCAUUCAGUUGAAUCAAGUGAUCAACAAAAAGAGUCAAUGAAACCUUCAUCAGAAUCAACAUCAUUAACAUCUCAGCUUCCAGUCAAGUCUUUACACCAUUCAUUGGCCAUAAAAACGGAAUCAAAGGAACAAGAAAAACCUAACAAUGAAUUGUUAGAAAGUAAAACUGAUGAUAAAAUUGUCAUCAUAAAUCAUAUUCCAAUCAAUCCUUCAACGACAAAAAGCUCAUCCUGCACUUCAACUACAACUUCAAUCACCUCACCAACCAAAAGUCUUUCUCCCUGUUCAUCAAAUUUCUCUCUCAAAUCAAGCAAUUCUGGACAAUCUUCUUCUACUGAUAAAUGCAGACAAACAAAAUCUACAAUCAAUCCAAGUACGGGCUUAAAGGAAAAGAAACCUCUGAAGACGUUUAAAUCGCCGGUCAAAGAAUCAACAGCGAUAAUUGUUACUAACAAAAACAAGGAAAACCAAGAAGAAAAUGUUAAAGAGCGAUCAACUCUUCGUGACUGCAAUAGAACUGAACGAAGCUCAGAAAAGGGUUCAGAAAAUGCUUCUCUCUCUUCAUCGUCUCAAACGCGACCAAUCCCAUCUUUAAUCAAAUCUCAUUCAUCCAAUUACGCAAAAUUAUCUUCAGCAACACGAAUUCCAUUACCUAAACAAAGUAACUCUUUGGAUCAGAUUAAAACAGUUAAGGAUGUUAAAUUAAGGCAUGACACAACUGAAAUCGGUGAACGUAUGAGUACAAAAAAUUUAAUCGCUAAAUUUUCCGCAAACUCUAAAAAACCAACCAAACAAGAGCUAACCAAAAGCUCAAUCAAUAAUAGUAAAAUAAAUAAUUCUGAUUCAAAUUCAACUGGACUGAUUUCUGCAAAUAGCAGCAAAAAUGAGGAAAAGUCUGAAAAAGUCAAAGAAUAUAUUAAAACUGUGGAAACUAAAAGACUAAGGAGUGAAAAGAGUUAUAAUGCAUCACGAAAAGCAACCGAUGUUCCUGCAAACGAAUUGAAAUCACCAACAGCUCCAAGUGUCGAAGAAUUUGAAAGGCGACUUUCCGAGGAUAAACAGAUGGCUGAAAAGAUUAAGGAAUUUUAUUCUCUAUUUGAAGAAAGACAAUCAUUUAAUGUUGAAUGCUCAUCAAAUAAGAGUAAGGUUAAUAAUAGUGAUAAGCCAAUAUUGGAAAGUAUUCAAUGUAAAUUAAAUUAUCCGAAAGCUAUUUUAAGACGUCCUAAAGGAGAACCUUCAAAGACUUCGAAAGAAGGUCAUGAAACAUCCUGGGUUCAUGUAAGUGGUUUCAGUGUUGGUAAAUCGGAAAAUUAUGUGGAAAAGCCAACGUCAUCAUCAUCAACAGUCAUCAAUGUUAAUAAAAAUUCGACUAGUAAAUUGAGUUCAGACUCAUGCUCAAGUGAGGAUGAAGCUAAUUUCAAUUUUAAUGGGAAGAGAAGAUCAUCUUUUCAUCAGCGUCUUUUAGCUCUUCACCGGUCUAGAAGACAACGAAAACGAGCAUCUGGUCGUUAUAUGGGUAUGGGAUUUUUGCCCAGGAUAAGAGCAUCUAUCGUGGACAGGCUUGAUUUUUACCACAGAUUCGGUGAAAAAGAGCAAAAAGCUUUAUCAUCAUUCAACUUUCUCAAUGAAUUCUCGAUUUCGCCUUUAUCUUCAUCGUCAUCUUCACCAGUCAUUGAAUGUUUUGAGAAAUUUGCUGAAGAACAGAAACUAUUGAUUCGUUGUUAUUUAAAUUCAUUUUCACAAUUAUCUCAAUCAUCAUCACUACCAGCAUCAUGUUCACCACCAUUCACAUCUAAAUGGCCUCAAUCACCCUCAUCAUCAUCAUUGAAAUGUUCACCUUCUCGGCAUCAACCAUCUGUAGCUGAACACACAAAUUAUAUCAAUGAUUCUGACUUGAACAGGAAGACCAUUGGAACUGAUUAUGUUGAUCUAAUUACUCCAAAUAGUUUUGUCUAAAGCCAGAAAUGGAUUAUUAUUGUAGCCAUGAAGACGAUUAUUUUUUUUCUCUGUUAUUAACCGCAACAGAUAAUCAACAUUUACUGAAAAAUGGUUUCUUUUAGUUUUAUUAUGAAGAAACUCAUUGUAAAAGAAUCAAAGCAAAGUUAGAAUUGAUAAUCACCAAAGGAAAUUGGUACCAAUAGAAAGAUGCUUAGAAUGAAAUAUCAUUGUCUGAAUUUGAUAACAGACUAAUGUUAUUCCAAUCGAUAUAUAUCAUGAUGAAUCAUAUUUUAAAUUAAUUGGAGGCAAAAGCGAAAAAAAAUUGUAACAAAAUUACUUUUUUGGUUGAAAAAAAUCAAUUGUAUCGAAACUGGUAACAUAUUUAUCAUGUGCGUUCCUAUUUGUGAUGUAUUAUUAGGAGUUGAUGAUGAAAGUAACCCAAGUAAAUUGUACAUUUAUAGCCUUCUCAUUUCAAUCUCAUCAUCCUAAUAAGCUAUCCAAUGAAUUAUUACUAGAUGGUGAUAAAAAGCUGGACAAAAUCUAUAAAUUGAAAUGAAAUAAAUAUAAAUAUUUAAUUGUUUA